UGUGUGGACUCCAUUUCACUGAGAAACUCAACAAAAAAUACAGAACACGCUUACAGCUAGAGCUAAGAGAGAAGUGCUCAGGAAGGCAGUAGCUGCCAGACAAGUUAUAAGAACAAAAUUGAUAUUCUACAGAAGGCAAUUUGGAAGGUGAACUGUGCACCUGGUGAUUGGGAUUGGAGACGGAUUACUCCCCAGGAACGAGACAUAACAAUGGAGGUGGAACGAGACAUAACAAAGGAGAUGGAACAAACAAAAAUACAUCAUAAGAAAAGGCAAGUGAUGAUUUUCAUCAUUUUGAUGCUUUUAUGGGAGGCAGGUUCAGAAUCGAUUCAGUAUUCUGUACUGGAGGAGACUGAAAGUGGCACAUUUGUGGCCAACCUGACAAAGGACCUGGGACUCAGAAUGGGAGAGCUGGCUGUCCGGGGUGCCCGAGUUGUUUUUAAGGGGAAUAGACAGUAUUUGCAGUUUGACCCACUGACCUAUGAUUUACUGCUAAAUGAGAAGCUGGAUCGGGAGGAGCUGUGCGGCUCCACUGAGCCCUGCGUGCUACCUUUCCAAGUGUUACUGGAAAAUCCCUUGCAGUUUUUUCAGGCUGCCUUAGAGAUUAGAGAUAUAAAUGACCACGCCCCAGAGUUCCCCGCCAGAGAAAUGUUACUUAAAAUAUCAGAAAUUACUACACCAGGAAAGAUAUUUCCCUUGAAAAUGGCACAGGAUUUAGACGCUGGUAGCAAUAGCCUUCAAAGCUACAUAAUCAGCUCUAAUCCUCACUUUCACGUUCUCACUCGAAACCGCAAAGACGGCAGGAAGUCCCCGGAGAUGGUGCUGGACAAAGCGUUGGAUCGCGAGGAGCAGCCUGAGCUCCGGCUAACCCUCACGGCGCUGGAUGGCGGGUCUCCGCCCCGGUCUGGGACCACAGAGAUUCAUAUCCUGGUCUUGGACAUCAAUGAUAACGCUCCCGAGUUUGCUCAGGAAUUCUAUGAGGCUCAAGUCUCUGAAAAUAGCACCCUGGGUUCUCUAGUUAUCACCCUCUCAGCGACAGAUUUAGAUUCAGGAUCCUUUGGGGAGGUAUUUUAUGCCCUAUUUCAAGUCGAUGACGUUAACCAACCCUUCGAAAUAAACCCAAAUACAGGAGAAAUUCGACUGAGAAAGACACUAGAUUUUGAGGAAAUUCAGUCAUAUCAUGUGGAUGUUGAGGCGACAGAUGGUGGGGGACUAUCAGGAAAAUGUUCCUUAGUCAUCAAGGUCCUAGAUGUGAAUGACAACGCUCCAGAAGUGACUGUGUCCUCACUAAUCAGCCCCAUCCCUGAAAACCUGCCAGAGAUCAUAGUAGCAGUUUUCAGCGUAUCAGACGCAGAUUCUGGACAUAACCAACAGGUUAUUUGUUCUAUAGACGACAAUCUCCCCUUUCUUCUAAGACCGUCCGUUGAGAAUUUCUACACCUUGGUAACAAAAGGAGCGCUGGACAGAGAGAGCAGAGCCGAAUACAACAUAACCAUCACUGUCACAGAC